AGAUUUUCCCUAUUUUUUCUUUUACGAAUAUCUGUUGAAGUGUACGCUUGUGAAUUGCAAGCAGUUUUGAAUUGGCGAUCAUUUGAUUACAUCGUGUUUUGUAGCGCAGUCAAUGAUUUGGUGCUGAAAUGGUGCUUUUUGUACUGGCGCUCCUGGCCGCGGCGUCUGCAGGUCCAACGACAGACAACAAAGAGACGUAUAAGGACCAAUACUGUACGGACCCCAGGACCAUGCGGAAGCACGCCGCCUACACGGAGUGGGCGGACGCCUACUCCUGCACCAGGCAUCGCUGCCAACCCGGAGGAAGGAACCUAGCCAUAUAUACUGUUGGCUGCAAGCGAGUGGAGGCUCCAGAGUCGGCUAUCGAGUGUGAGGAGGUGGUGGAGGAUACCAACAUGCAGUUCCCAUUCUGCUGCACACGACUGAGAUGUCUAGUAGUAGUCAGGGGCGAGGUGUGGACGCGUGUCCUCGGCCAGCCCUGGGAGGUGCUCCCCGCCGCGCCCUGGAGCCACAUGUACAAGAUGAAGAAGCCACCGCCUGCAGACACUACAUUUCUCCCGAAAACCAGCGACCAAGGACCGAUCUACGAGUUAUCCGAACCAGAAAGUGACACGAACGGGCACGAGAAGGUACUUAGAGCCAGCAAGAAGACUGUCACGGACAGCACAGACUGUAACGAUGUGGUCCCCAGAGCUAACGCCGCGCCUCCUGAUAUUGUGAUAGCGCUGUCAACGAAUAAUGAGAUAAAGGAACGAAAGAAGAGCGAAUCAUCAAGGCGUUCUCAAUCUAAACCUGAAAACUCCAGACACAAACGCGUGCGCAAGACAACGCCAAGCACUCCGCAGUACUUUGAGGAGGAGAGGGAAAGGGACAGAGAUAGGGAUAGAGAGAAGGACAGGAGAGACGGAGAUGUACUCGAGAUAGAUGAUAUGCCUCUGUCUACGGAAAAACCAGCCGACUCGUCAGACGAAAGGUUUUACGCGAACAGUUAUGCUGUGACACAGAAACCGAUUUUAAGGAAUGCUCACCACCAAGUAGCUUGGACGGAAAUACCGCAGAACCAGUGGAAUGAGCAUGAGGGCAUGGAUGUGGAGAAUAGAGUCAAUGAACCCUCCUACCACCAGCCCGAAUUCCCCCAACAGGAUGACCCGAAACAAGCGACCCUCAGCAUCUCCAAAGACGAGAAGCCGACGAACCUCCAAGCGCUAGUGGAUGCCAUAGGAACCAGGAUGAGAGACAUAGAAAACGUGGUACAGAGGAUGAGUGAAAAGGUGCAUCAGGUGAAGCCGCCAGGAGGCGGAGUGGAUGGCAGCGUGGAGAAGAGGUUUACAGUUCGUAACCGAGGUAGCAAAUAUCUUCAUAAGUCAUCAGACAGUCAGACUGAACAACCGCUUUACAUUGAAGACACUAAUAUGAAUGGAUAUUUCAGUGAUGCUAGCAACAGCGUACUGAGACGUGCUGGCGUGCCUAAGGAACCUCCGCCGACUUACAUGGCGCCAGUCGAAAAUCGUCGCAAGUCACCAGCGCACAUCGCACUAGUGACAGACAGCUCGGACGACGCGGAGAAAAAACGAAAAAAGCACACACACAAAAAACGAAGAAGCAAAAGCGGACACACACACAAAAAACAUCGCUCGAAAGACGACAAACGGAAACAUUUUAACAGAUUAAGCUCAGUAGAAAUGGAUAAGAAUGUGGUGUCCCUGGAGGAUAGUAGUGCUAUUGCCAGCAGGCUCGAACUGGGUAGGAAGGGCCCAGGUAACUCAUCACAAGAGUCACAACCCAGGAGAAAACGGAAAAUGAAUGGUAGAUUCUAUUGCCGACGUCGCGACCGCGUUCCGAAAGUUUAAAAAAAAAGUUAUGCGUCAAAGUGAUAUCUUAACUUAAACUAAUCGUGUGAAAGAAAGAGAAGGCGGACAUAGUGUGUGCUCCUCUAACCAAUUAUCACUUCAAAAACUUUUAAGUAAUACGAGCAAGAAUCGCACAGAUUGUACGUUCUUGAAGUCCGACCCUGUAUUUGUACAUAAAUAGAUAAUAAAGUUAUUGUUCUAUAGAAAAAGACGCGAGUGUGGUAUCUUGUCCUUAAACCAUGGUAUUAGCUGACCGGAGUUUUCCACCUGCACUGUAUAGCUGAAUAGAUACAAUAAAAAUAAUUACUGAUGGACAAUCUAAGAAGACAACAUUAUAACAUAGUUACAUGAUGCAACGGUUUACUCACGCUUAUAUAUCGGGAUCGUUCGACUAGUAUCAGACCCAACCGGAGUCCUUAAUCAUGAGCCGAAACGGCAGCGAGCGAGCAAUUAGAACUGUUUUUGUUGCGUAAGUAAAAGGAAAGAUGUUGACUGUAAAAUAUUAUUAAUAUUCCACUAUUUACCCAAAAGAUGAUGUAAAUAUAUACCUGAAAGCGACUACUAGACAACAAAAUAAUAGAUAGAAAAAGAUAUAAAAUAU